GAGCGUCUGGCGCCCAUAAUUUUGCACCUUCCGCAAAUCGCUGAAUUGCUUGGAUACAUUAAAAUGAACACGCUGCGGCCGUGCGGCUGCAAAGGUGUGCGCACCUGCCUCACCUGUGAACAGGACUACCAAAUCGAUAAACCAUCACUGCAGCAGCAAUUGCAACAGUUGGAAUCUUGGUCCUAUUGUGCACAAUGUGAACGUCUAUACGCCGGCUGGGACACGCAGGCUGUGCAAGCGGCACAUCCGGAUCACAAUUUGGCCGAGAGUCUGCCACUGCCAGGCAUUUUGGUGCAGGAGCAGUUUCUCACGAGUGCAGAAGGCGCACAGCUUAUGUCCGACCUGGACGCGCUGCCCUGGGCCAUUUCGCAGAGCGGUCGACGCAAACAGAAUUACGGGCCGAAAACCAACUUUAAGAAGCGUCGCCUGCAAUUGGGCGCCUUCGAGGGCUUUCCCGCUGACACGCGCUUUGUGCAGCAACGUUUCGAGUCGGUGCCGCUGCUGCGCAACUUUCAGACUAUUGAACAAUGCUCGCUGGAGUAUGAUCCCAGCAAGGGCGCCAGCAUAGAUCCGCAUGUGGACGAUUGCUGGAUAUGGGGCGAGCGUGUGGUCACCGUCAAUUGCCUGGGCGAUGCAGUGCUCACAUUAAACCUCUACGAGGAACAGCAGGCAAACAAAUAUAAUUUGGACUUGGUGCAGCAAUACAAAGCACAGCUGCUGGCGCCGCUCUUGUCGCCAGACCAGCUGGCGGCCUACAAGGGCAAGGUGCUGCGCAUACCCAUGCCAAACCUCUCGCUGAUUGUGCUCUAUGGACCGGCGCGCUAUCAGUUCGAGCAUGCGGUGCUCCGCGAGGAUGUGGAUGAGCGACGCGUUUGCAUUGCCUACCGAGAGUUUACGCCCAUGUAUAUAGAUGGCUUGGACAAGCAGCAGGGCGAUUUGGUAAGAGAAAAAUCACAUUUAUUUUGGUCAUUAAAAGCAAAUUGAAUGGAGAUUGGAA